AUGGACAAUGCUACACUCCACAUGACUGGUCGUCGUGGCCAACUAACCCGACAGCCUGCUUACCAGUCCAGCCCCAUCGUCGACAUACCGGAUCCAGACCCAGACAACAAUGUUGUCGGCAUAGCCAUCGCAAAGCUGCAGGAGAUACUCAUCUCUGUCUACCAAUCACUCGAGAACAAGGAAGUCCUCCGUGUGCCCUACAAAACCCGUCCAGGGUCUCGGAGGAACCCUCCUAGCGCAGCCCGCGCAACCCGCUCUCGAUCCGCGCCUUCCGUCCUCCAAUUUCCUGGCCGGACUGAGAACGAGAGCAUCAAAUUCGCCCAGGUGUUGAAGAUCAUCCACCUAUCUCACAGCUCCCUCCUGUCUGGGAAUCCGGUCACCAAGAGGAACUUGUUCUACCAAUGUCCCGAUCUCUUCAAGACUCAAGCAAUUGUCGAUGGCCUGGUCGACGACAUUAGUCACACCUUGGGAAUGGGGCGGGAUGACUUGAAUAUUGUUGCCAGUGCCAAAGGGCUUUUGUCAGGACCAAUUACUUUGCAUAUGAGAGACUCGUCUAGUGUGAGCGCCUCUGCGAGCGAUACUGGAGUCACAAUCCCGACGACGAGAAACAUCUCGAAAAUCGAUUUUCAGCAUGCUGAGUGGGUGCUCGUAGUCGAGAAAGAUGCAAGUCCUUGCAAGAUCCCUGGUCAAGAUGGCAUGCUGACCAGCGGAAAGGGCGUUCCCGAUCUACAAACGAAGCAAUUCCUUCACCUACUUCACUCGGCCAAGCCAGAAAUCCCCAUCUACGGCCUUGUUGACUUUGAUCCGUAUGGCGUCAAUAUCAUGCGCUGUUACAGCCAUGGAUCCCGAGGCCAUGCUCAUGAAGUCGGAGUCACUGUUCCAAGCAUGCAGUGGCUUGGAAUCAAGAGCGAUGAUCUUCUUGGUCGCCGGGAUCUGGAGGUCGACGACGAUUCUGCCUUUUCCAGGCAACAGCAAUCUGAAAGCAGCUUCGAUGCAACCGAUGCACUCAAAGAAAGAGACCGAAAGAUUGCGAAAACCUUGCUGAGAAAUAUAUCUGCCGACUUUGACGAGUACAACAUCGAGUGUCGAAGGGAACUGCAGAUCAUGCUAUUUUUGAACGUCAAGGCAGAGAUACAAGCGGUGGAUGAUGCCGGUGACAUUUCAAACUGGCUGGAUGUACAUAUGGCGAGAGUUUGA